CAUGAGGGAAGUCGUAAGAAGUGGAGGGAUUCUGGGUGCGCUGGAAGGGAGGGCCACCAGGAUUUGACGAAAUCAAUAUAGAUGGAAAUAUAAGAGCAAAGGCAAGGAUGACAGCAAGGUUUUCAACCUGAGCAUCUAUGGAAGGAUGAAGCUGCCAUUUGCUGAGAUGGGGAAGGCUGCAGGCAGGUGGAGCUGGUUUGGGGUGCAAAUCAGGAGUUCGAUUUUGAAUAUGUUAAGUAUAAGAUCUUGUAAGCAAUCAGUAGGUAGUUGGAUUAUAUGAGUCUGAAGUUCCCAGGUGAGGUCUCAGCUGGUGGCUGUCAGGCUGGGUGAGACCACCUCAGGAAACCAUCCUUGUCUGGAUGAUCCGGCUCAACUCCAACUACCAGUCUGUACUAAUCUCCUGCUUCCUGCUUCCUAUGCUUGUGACCUUUUUAGAUGGCAGCCCUGCAGGAGGUAAGUUGGUGCACAAUUUAAAUAUAGAAGUGAUGUAGAGCUGGAGAUGCUAAUGUCAACAAACAAUCUCAUGUGAGAGGAUUAUGUCAAAACUUUGAAAGGUAAUUUCCCAUAACAAAUGUGACUUUCGAUUAAAUACCAGUUAAACUCAUUCCAUUCAUUCCUUUAAUCCACACGGAAUACUCUCCAUCCCCCAAAAUGACUAUAGUGAGAGGUACUUUACCUCUUGGAAACCUCAACCACAUUAAAGUAUAACGUGAUUAAAAUCACACAGAUGAGUCUGCAUUAAAAGUCAAUCUCAUACAACAAAUUCCAUUUUCCUCUAUAUGUCACAAGAUGCUUCAUGUACUAUCAAAUUUUAUGUCUGAAACAUAUGCCACCCUGGAACAAGGGGCAAAGGACCACAUAAAAGUGCAUUAGAUAUCCCUUCAGUGUAUCUUCUGUCACUCUCUGUUCAUCCACCAUGACACUUAAACAUACUAUAUUGUCAUUAUCUUUUUAUUUCCUUCAUGCCCGUAUUAGACUGUUGACUUCUUGACAAAGCUGGGGAACAUGCUUUUUCCCACUGUAUCCCAAUGCCCAGCACGUAGUGGCCACUUAAGUAUUUGUUGAAUAAACAAAGGACAAAGCAUUUCAGGAUUUUUCUUGUAGGAUCUCAGGCUAUUCUAGGGGGUUCUGAUUUCUUUUAGACUUCAUUGCUCCUCCUGGGUAUCUUGGAAGAUUACCUUAAACCCAAAGCAUUUCCCAAAGGAGAAUGAUAAGUAGAACCAGGUCCUCUAACUCAGUUUUUCCGCCACUGAGAGUCCUGGAUGGUCCUGGACCUCUGGAUUUUUGGGUUGGAGACACAUGCCUCAGUACCUGCUGUUUAUCCUCACUCUGAGGCUACUGUGUCCUCAGAUGCUAGCACAGGGAAGCCAGGGACAAGUGAGCCAUCUGUUAGCCUUGCCAGGUUUGAUUCAGGUAUUUUUCAAACUCAGCUCACUGGAGAAAGGAGGCAAAGGGGCAUGCGGUGGCUGGGCACUGGCUCCUGUCCCAGCUUUAACCAAAGCAGCUCUGCCGUGACCUAUGUAUGCACCGGGGUUCUACUUCUAGGGUAAUCAUAGGAGCCCCUGCUCUCAAAACUGACAGGUAUCGUCGCUCUUCAUUGCUCUCAGGCUGUGGACACUGCGUGACAUUAUGAGCUCAAAGGAGGCAGGCCAUCCAGAUGUGCUAUUUAUUACAGGAGUGAAACCCCUAAAACCCCUGGGGUCAGCCAGCCGUUGCACUCCUAGGUAUAUACCCCCAAAUUGAAAACAGGUGUUCCAACAAAAACUCGUAUACAAAGAUUCAUAGAUGCACUGUUCGCAGUAGCAGAAAGGUAGAAACAACCAAAAUAUCCAUCAGCGGAUGAUUGAAUAAACAAAAUAUGGCAUAUCCAUACCAUGGGAUUUUUUUUUUGACAUAUGAGUUUAAUUAUAUGCUAGACUAUCCAGAUGGAAGUAUGUGAUAAGUGGAUAGAAAUAAGAGUCAUAAAAUAAGAGAGGCCGGCAUUUUUAGACCCAUUUAAGUUUAGACAUUUAUCAGGUUGGACUGUUUUUUAACAUUUACAGUAAAACUUUUUUUUUUAACCACAAUAAACAGAACAAUGUAUUAAACCUGACUUCCAAAAUUGUCCAAAUUAUUUUUGAAUCACUAUUAAAAAUUUUCACGUAUUUAUUUAAAUGUUUCCUUUGGCAGAUUUCUCAAAAAUACUGAAACCUUAUUUUAGAACUUGGUUUAUAUUUGGAUAAUAACAAGCUUCAUAAAUUGGUGUUCAUCAGGAUACCCUUCUCUAAGCUCUAGUAGCUUAGUAUUCUCUUUAAAAUGUGCAAGUAUCUUUUUUAUUAUGUUGUCAUUCUCAGAGAUUCUCUGGAGAAAGAAUUAUGAAUGAAACUCUUACGAAUUCAUCUUCAUUUCUGUUACAGUGGAGCAAUUUAUCAUCUUACCCACAGUGAUCUAUCAACUGGAAUGUGUAGGUGUGGGCCAGCCCCCACCCCACCCUGACAAGUGACCAUGGAUCCUGGAGCUGGGCCAGACUCAUCUCUGACUGUCAAUGAGCAGGUCAUCGUGAUGUCAGGCCAUGAGACCAUCCGAGUUCUGGAGGUUGGAGUGGAUGCCCAGAUCCCUGCUGAGGAGGAGGGCAAAGCGCUGGAGGCUGUGGCCACUGAGGGCUCCCAGAGCGGAGGCCCUGCUGAAGCUGGUGAAGCUGCUGGUGAAGCUGGCCCAGACCACCCAGACUCCUCUGUGGAGGCAACUGACAAGGCUUUCCUGGGGCCCCUGCUGCAGCAGAGGGAAGCGAGAACAAGCAACAGGUUCCCUUGCUUGCUCGCUCCCUGAGGGAGGACCAGCUUGUUCCUUAUAUGGGGUGAAGUCGCUUCCGGGGAUGCCUUUGAGCCCUGCCCCUGCCGUUGCCACCUUCAGCCAAGCUCCAUGCCAGCCUCAGGCAUCACAGACCCUGACGCCACUGGCUGUACAAACUGCCCCCCAGUAUUGCAGGUCAAGUGGCUGGUCAACAGGGGCUGGCCGUGUGGACAAUUCCUACUGCAACCGUGGCUGCCCUCCCAGGACUGACCGCUGCUUCUCCCACGGGGGGAAUUUUCAAGCCACCUUUAGCCGGUCUCCAAGCAGCUGCUGUGCUGAACACCGCUCUCCCGGCACCUGUACAAGCCGCCCCACCGGCCCAGGCCUCCUCGCCCGCCCAGCCCCGACCACCGGCCCAGCCCCAGACGCUGUUCCAGCCCCAGCCACUGCUGCAGACCACACCGGCCAUUCUACCGCAGCCCACUGCUGCCACCGCCACUGCCCCCACCCCCAAGUCUGUGGACACCCCCACACAGAUCACCGUUCAGCCUGCAGGCUUCGCAUUCAGCCCAGGAAUCGUAAGCUGCUGCCCUCACCCAAGGCUCACCGGGGAUGGACCGGAUCUCUGGCCAAGGGUGAACCUGACCCUUGCCACGGGGGAGUAUGGAGGUGGAGGACCAGCCCCUUGAAUGCGGCUCUUUUCCAACACUUCGGCAGAGAUGGGCUCCUUCCAAGGCAGCUGUCAGCCCAUGCAUCCCAGCCAAGAGCAGACAACCUCUGCCAAGAGGGCUGGCCCAACCUUCCAGAACCUGGACCAUGGACCAGCCUUGGAGGAUCAGUGCUGCCUCCCUCGGGGGACAGACCCAGAUCCUGGGCUCCCUCACCACAACUCCGGUCAUUGCCAACGCCAUUCCCAGCAUGCCGGGGAUCAGCAGUCAGAUUCUCACCAACGCUCAGGGUUAUUGGAACACUUCCUUGGGUAGUGAACUCGGCUAGCGUGGCGGCCCCAGCACCGGCCCAAAGCCUGCAGGUCCAGGCUGUGACCCCCCAGCUGUUGUUGAACGCCCAGGGCCAGGUGAUCGCGACCCUGGCCAGCAGCCCCCUGCCUCCUCCUGUGGCUGUCCGGAAGCCAAGCACUCCUGAGUCCCCUGCUAAGAGUGAGGUGCAGCCUAUCCAGCCCACACCAGCCAUGCCCCAGCCGGCCGUGGUCAUCGCCAGCCCAGCCCCAGCAGCCAAGCCUGCUGCCUCUGCUCCCAUCCCCAUCACCUGCUCAGAGACCCCGACGGUCAGCCAGCUGGUGUCCAAGCCACACACCCCCAGUCUGGAUGAGGAUGGGAUCAACUUAGAAGAGAUCCGGGAGUUUGCCAAGAACUUUAAGAUCCGGCGGCUGUCCCUGGGCCUCACACAGACCCAGGUGGGUCAGGCUCUGACUGCAACGGAAGGCCCAGCCUACAGCCAGUCAGCCAUCUGCCGGUUUGAGAAGCUGGACAUCACACCCAAGAGCGCCCAGAAACUGAAGCCGGUGCUGGAGAAGUGGCUACAUGAAGCUGAACUCCGGAACCAGGAAGGCCAGCAGAACCUGAUGGAGUUUGUGGGAGGCGAGCCCUCCAAGAAACGUAAGCGCCGCACCUCCUUCACCCCCCAGGCCAUAGAGGCUCUCAAUGCCUACUUUGAGAAGAACCCGCUGCCCACAGGCCAGGAGAUCACCGAGAUUGCAAAGGAGCUCAACUAUGACCGGGAGGUCGUGCGGGUCUGGUUCUGCAACCGGCGCCAGACACUCAAGAACACCAGCAAGCUGAACGUCUUUCAGAUCCCUUAGGGCUCAGCCCCAGCCCUGUGUCCCAGCACUUUGUACCUCCCUUGGGCAUCCGGCUCCGGCUGCCACCCUGCAGCAUCUGUCAUUCUGCUGCCCGUGGCUGUGUUUGUCCUGGGUUGGGAGUCUCCACCGUGCGCCUCUGUGUCAGCUGCCUCCCUCCUCUUCCCCGUGUCGUCCGCAUCCCAUGGAGGGCAGUGGGCCCCACCUGAGACCUCCAGGUUUGGGGCUGGUCAUGCCGAAGGAGGGGAUUUGCCGUGUCACUUAAAGAAGCACUUUGCUGAUGUGGGUUUGUGAAGGGUGAAUUCUGGUUGGGAACCAGAGGCUCCCCAUCUUUGGGACGGGGCUGUAGUCGCCUCUAGGACCACUGGCCAUUAGCUCUUGUGUUUGAUGGCACUCUCUCCAUUGUCUCUUCUCUGUUCCUCUGUGUGAGUGUGGCAGGUACAGCAGCUCAUCCAGUGGAACCACAGCCUCACCCACCUGCCCUCCGCCUGCAGUCACACUGUCCCCCGACAAAAUCCAAGAGAUCUUGUUCUGAAAAGUGUGAUGUGAUGUGCAGCUCAGAAAGUCAGAUUCCAUGUAUGCCUCGACCUCACGGUCAGAAGGUUUCCACAGACCUGGGGCCAGAACACACGAUCACUCCCAUCUUUCCUUGGCUCCUAUGUAGGGAAAAUGGCACUAAAGCAAAAUUCUUUCUUUCAUACAUCAUGUCGGAAGAAAUCAGCCGUGAACUCUAGCUGUCCUGGAGUUGACCUGGGUCUAUAGCAGGUUGUGAAGUGAAAGUCACUCAGUUGUAUCCAACUCUUUGCGACCCAUGGACUGUACAGUCUGUGGGAUUCUCCAGGCCAGAAUACUGGAGUGGGUAGCCUUUCCCUUCUUCAAGGGAUCUCCCCAACCCAGGGAUCAAACCCAGGUCUCCUACAUUGCAGACGGAUUCUUUACCAGCUAAGCCAGCAGAUUGGGAACUUGAUAAAUACGGUAUCUCUCCCAGAUUUUAAUCUGAUCUCUGUCCAUGUCCAUCUCCACAUCAGAAUGUUGUGGUUAAGAGAACUUGCAGCCUGGAAAAUCCCCCUGCCCAGAUAAGCAGGCACUCGGGGGAAAAAAAGAAUGAGGAAAGGAAUGCUAAGUCUCUCUUGCCCUCACACUCACCUCCCACCCAGUCCUGGGGUCUUCUCAGAAGCAGCAAAUGAAACGACACCAGACAGGAAGGCCCUAGGAAAAGCCCACAUCCAUAAAGAGCUGACAGCAGCCUGGGAAGGUCCUUUGUGGAAGGUGACUUAACUAAUUUCCUUUGUAACUUGCAGUCUUGGAUACCAGAGGAGAAAUCUAAUUUUGUCCAGAAUCUUAGACCAUGUGUUUGUGUGAACAAGCCCCCUAGAGUGCUUCUGAGUUAAGAAUACCUCUAGAGCAGGCUGGGUUUUGCCCUCAGAGAGGGUAUCUGUGGUACACUGGAGCUUGGCAUCUCAUGCAAGAUGUUCAGUGAGUUUCCCAGCCUCCCUGCGGCUGGGUAUCCCCUGGAACUCAGUAUGUGACUCGGGGAGGUCAGGAGGGCACUGGGAGGUUUGCUAGAGGCACCCAGCCUGCUAUGUAGACUAGACUUAAAGGUCACACACAAGUCACAGGGGUCAGCCGCCCCCACCUUUCACAGCUCCUGUCCUUACAGAACCUGGUCUCUAGCCGCUGCCCUCCAACACCCCUCACACGAUAAACCCUGAAGAAGUGACUGCUGUAUGAGGGCAUGUUACCAGCUCCUUGGGACACUGGUGCAGAGCCCAGCCUUGCUUCCUCUGGCAGACUGGGUUUCCUUUCCCACCUGAAGCUGGUGCGUCCCAGGCCUCUCAGGGCCACUGGGCCAUUGUCUUGGUGGCCCUGCCAGUGAGAGGGCAGUUGUGUGUCAAAUUGCCACAUAUGCGCACACACACCCCACACCACUGCAUUCUGACCAACCAGACUUGCUCACGUGUGGUGGGGGAUGAGGAAGCAGGUGGGAACCUCGCUUUGCCGCAGCCUCCCAGCAGAGAAUACGUCUCCAAGGGUAAGGCUGCACGCUCAAGUUCAAGGUUAUCCACCCGACUCAAUGAGGUGACAGACUCACUUUAGAGGGGCACUUGAGAGAGGUGUUGUAAACAAGUUUUAAGUGAGAAUCAAGUACCAGAGCUUGUGAAGGAUUCAGUGACUUACAGUUCAAUGAAUUAGAGAGAUACAGGUUUUUACCCUCAAGCCUUUGCAUUCAGUUAUGCUUUCUUUCUUGGGAGAGACAAGUGGGUCAUGCCUGGUGCAUACAGGAGUAGCAUGUGAUCCAGGGUGUGUCCACGGCAGUGGAUAUGCAGGAGGACACCAUCUGUCCUGUGUCACGGCAGGAAAAAACUGCUCUAAAUUAGGCCUGGACAUGCUUUCUUAGCUCCUCCCGCAUCUAAAUCUGUCUUCUCAAGGCUGGGCUAGAACGAAAGCUUUUCUUCUGCUGGAAUGAUGGGUUGGUCUUUCAGAGAAACAAGCCCGGGGGGGAGGGGGGCCAGAGUGUUUGCAAGCUGAAUUCCCCAGACAGGGGCUACAGGGUGUCCCUGAAGUACGCACACAGCAGAGCUCAUCAACCUGAUCUCUGCUCUUACUGCCCCACCAUAGGGCCCCCUGGAAGCAGCUAUGGCCCUGAGGUGGGGUUUUGUUUUGUUUAUAUCCUUGUUACGAGCAGCAUCAGACUCUGAAGGGAGUUGAUACUGAUUUUGUUUUAAAAGCACCUUUCUGGUUACCAGCCAGAGCCCAGUGGCUCCUUUGCCAUGGAAAGGCAGGCGAAAGGGCAGAAAAAGCUUCACUGUUUGCAUGUGGUUUUGUUUUUGUUUCAAAGAGCAAAAUGUUCUGUGGCUUAAUGAAUCGGCUGGGGCCUUUGACCCUGCACUAAUCAUGGCAUUUUAUCCAAGUGGGGUUCAGGGAGAGAACUCAGCCAAGUGGAUUAAAGAACCUGUUUGAAUUUG